AUAGCUCCCGGAAGACUCUUGGGCGAGGCUCCGCUCCGCGCUUCUCGGUGGACAGCUCAGCGCAGAAAGUCAUCUACCAGCGCUGGCACCUCGCCCUUUCCGGCUCUAAACUACACUUCCCAGAAGUUCUUGCGGCACUAAUCAACUUCUGGCGCGAACCCGGCGACUUUUUUCUAUUUCUCAGGGAACACAUGGUUCCUUGGGAUUGGCCGGGUCAAUGGAGGAAGCUUGUCUCCAGGGUCUGCGGCCUGCCUCGUGUGGGAGCCUCACUCCGAGCCUGCGUCUGGAUCUCGAAGACUCCUAACAGCGACUCGGGGAGAGAAGCCGGGAUGCGGGUUUGGCGCGGGCUGUGCGCUGGCGGGGAACCCGAGGGCCCGCCGCCAUCUUGGCCGGCGGAUCCAGACUACAUUUCCCAGAGACUCCCGCGGGAACAGGGUCGCCCGUUCACUUGCCUGCGGGAUCCUCGGCCUCCGGAGAAGGGGAAGGGCAAGGUGAGCGGCCUAGGUCUCGGGGGCUUGACUAGGCUUUCAGGAGAACAGGCCCGAGGAGGACUGAUCAUCUCCUGCAAUACUGAAAGCCAUGGCCCAGCUGUCUCCCGGGGACUAUAGUGGAGAGGAAAUUUGCUAUGUCACACUCUACUUCCUUUCCCACAACAGAGGGAUCUGUGACGUUCAGUGAUGUGUCUGUGGACUUCUCUCAGGAGGAGUGGGAGUGCCUGGACCCUGCUCAGAGGGACUUGUACAGAGAUGUGAUGCUGGAGAACUAUAGCAACCUGGUGUCGAUGGGAUUUUAUAUUCCUAAGCCUCAAGUUAUCUCCUUAUUGGAACAAGGGAAAGAGCCCUGGAUGGUUGGCAGAGAGCUGACAAGAGGCCUGUGUUCAGAUCUGGAAUCAAUGUGUGAAACGAAGUUAUUAUCUCUAAAAAAGGAAGUUUACGAAAUAGAAUCAUGCCAGAGGGAGAUAAUGGGACUUACAAAGCAUGGCCUUGAGUGCUCCAAUUUUAGAGAUGUUUUGGAAUAUAGAAGCCACUUUGAAAGACAACUGGGAUAUCAAAAUGGGCAUUUCAGUCAAGAAAUAUUCACUCAUGAAUACAUGCCCACGUUUAUUCAACAGACAUUCUUUACUCUGCAUCAAAUAAUUAAUAAUGAAGAGAAACCCUAUGAAUGUAAGAAAUGUGGAAAGGUCUUUAGUCAGAAUUCACAAUUUAUUCAACAUCAGAAAAUUCAUAUUGGUGAAAAAUCUUAUGAAUGUAAGGAGUGUGGGAAAUUUUUUAGUUGCGGCUCACAUGUUACUCGACAUCUGAAAAUUCACACUGGUGAAAAACCCUUUGAAUGUAAGGAAUGUGGGAAGGCCUUCAGUUGUAGCUCAUACCUUUCUCAACAUCAGAGAAUUCAUACUGGUAAGAAACCCUAUGAAUGUAAAGAAUGUGGGAAGGCCUUUAGUUAUUGCUCAAAUCUUAUUGACCAUCAGAGAAUUCACACGGGUGAAAAACCCUAUGAAUGUAAAGUAUGUGGGAAAGCCUUUACUAAGAGCUCACAGCUUUUUCAACAUGUCAGAAUUCACACGGGCGAGAAACCCUAUGAAUGUAAGGAAUGUGGCAAAGCUUUUACGCAGAGCUCAAAACUUGUUCAGCAUCAGAGAAUUCACACUGGUGAGAAACCCUAUGAGUGCAAGGAAUGUGGCAAAGCCUUUAGUAGUGGCUCAGCACUUACUAAUCAUCAGAGAAUUCACACUGGGGAGAAACCCUACGAUUGUAAGGAAUGUGGGAAGGCUUUCACGCAGAGCUCACAACUUCGUCAACAUCAAAGAAUUCAUGCUGGUGAGAAACCUUUUGAAUGUCUUGAAUGUGGGAAGGCCUUUACUCAGAACUCACAACUUUUUCAACAUCAGAGAAUUCACACAGAUGAAAAGCCGUAUGAAUGUAAUGAAUGUGGAAAGGCCUUUAAUAAAUGUUCAAACCUUACUCGACAUCUGAGAAUUCACACUGGUGAAAAGCCCUAUAACUGUAGGGAAUGUGGGAAGGCGUUUAGUAGUGGCUCAGAUCUCAUUCGUCAUCAGGGAAUUCAUACUGAUGAAUACGGCGGGUGGAGGCCGGUGUUUGUUUCUGGACUGGUAUGUCCAGCCCCGGCAAACGGGACGUUCCCAGGUGAAACUCCGAGCUCACCUGAGCUGGCCUCGCCACGCCCCCGCCGCGCCUUGGGGCAGGGCUUCGCGCGCGCCCCCGGCCUGCGCAGGGGCUUCUGGGAGACGUGGUCCAGCGGCCCGCGCCCCCUGGACUUUGCUGGCGGCCCCGCGGUUGGGCCGGGCUGGAUCCGCGGGACGGCGGCCCGCGAGGGCCCUGUGGUGGCCUCCGUGCCCAAGACCUCCAGGCGGACGCCUGGAGAGCUCCUUAUUCUGCCCUUUUGGGAAUCUGCUGGCCUUGAGAGAUCUGUGAAAAGAGGAGAAAAUGGCUCCUGGGUUCCUGGCAGCAAGACUCCCACACUGCCUUGUGAGGGCUCUGCCCUCCCUCAGGAAGAGGAGAAAAUGCCCGAAGUACAGGAGCUGGUGACAUUCAGGGAUGUGGCUGUGGACUUUACCCAGGAGGAGUGGGAGCAUCUGGACCCCUCUCAGAGGCACCUGCACAGACAAGUGAUGUUGGAGAACUAUGGGAAUCUCAUCUCCUUGGGGCAUUUGCUGCCCAAGCCAGAAAUGAUCUUCCAUUUUGAACAAGAAGAUGAUGUGUGGGUGGAAGAAGAAAUACCAAGACGCUCCUAUUCAGAGCGUUCCAGAGUCUUCACCUUGGGAUCUGCCCUAAGAAGGCACAAGAAGGAGCACAGGGGAAAGAAGCCUCACACAUGUGAGGAACGUGGGAAGCACUUCAGCCGCAGCUCCAACCUGCCCAUCCACCGGCGAGGACACACGGGCGAGAAGCCCUUCCGCUGCUGUGACUGCGGCAAGGACUUCAGCCGCAGGGCAGCCCUGCAGAUCCACCAGAGCGUCCACACAGGAAGGAAGCCGCAUGCCUGUGAGGCCCUGCUGCCUGCCCGCUCUGUGCUCCGAUUGCUGGUUAGAAACGUGCCGCUCGCCCCCGAGCGCGGUUUUGCAAAGAAGGGCGGGCCCUCCACCGAAAGCGCGGGUCGGCCGCAAACGCUUCUUAUUGGCCAAUGUGAGAAACGGCCCCCUCCCUUACGCACCUAUUGGCUAAGAGCUCUGUCCAUAUUUGAGGAUCGUCCUUCUUCCCUUCCCCCUCUGCGUUGCCUGGAAACGGAGUCCUGCCUAUCAACAGCUGCUCGUGUUUCCCAUUGGCCACCUUCUCCGGAAGCCCGCCCCCAAACGAAGCCUCCGGCGAACCGCGGGCGGGUAGAGGCGGUCCCGGCAGCGAGUGCUCGGCGUCGCUCCGCAGCUUGGUAUUGUCCCGGCGAGAGUCCUCCAGGACCGUUGGGUGCGGUUGGCACCUCGGCCCUCGAGACGGCGGGAACCGGGACUCGGGCUCUGAACCCGAGUGGUGACCGAGGAGCCGGGCCCGGCUCUCCCGGUUGCACGCGGCUGGGUGGACGCCCGCGCGGGGCUCAAGCACGCGGGUUCCCGACUCCGACCCGCGGGGGGUCGGUACUGAAGGUCAAAACCGGGACUUUUCAGCCUAUCCAGGCAAAACGCCCUUUUAUUUUUCCGCAGAUGUAUUUUACAGAACGCCCUGCGAGAGGCGUUGACCGACGGGUUCAGCCGAGCCCACAGCCGCCGGUCCCGACCCUGGUUGCUGCUCGGGAAGGACCCACGGGGCGGAGAUCUGGCAUCCGCGCCGCCCGAGGUUGGCGCGCACGGUCUGGCCUCCUGCCGCUGCAACACCGGCUGGGCGCCAGGACCACAUUUCCCAGAAUCCUCGGUCCUAAACUUGCUUGUAUGAGAGGCGCAAAGUCACCCUGCCUCGGCGAGGCCAACUCACCCACCUCCCCUCUACCUCCAAAACUACAUUCUCCAGAGGCCUCUGCGGCCACUUCCGUCCUCCUUCACGCUCGCCCCUCAGCGUGUGGCGUUGUCGUACAGGAGCACUUCCGCUCGGUGGGUCCCGCCCGUAAGGCUGGUUGGCGGCUGCGUGAGCCUGCCCGUCUGGGUCCUUUUAAUGCUUCUGCGCUUGGUUCCCCCGGCUUCAGCCUCAGGAUUGGCAGCGUGCGCCCAGCGUUCCAUCUGUCUUCUGAGACUUUGCCCUUCUCCAGGGAGAGCACUCAGGAGACCGGGAAAAUGGCCACGGGGCUCCUGAAAGCCAAAAAAGAGGCAUUUGUGGCGUUCAGGGAUGUGGCCGUGGACUUCACCCAGGAGGAGUGGAGGUUGUUGAGCCCUGCUCAGAGGACCCUGCACAGGGAAGUGAUGCUGGAGACCUACAGCCACCUGGUCUCACUGGAAAUUCCACUUUCCAAACCAAAACUCAUUUCUCAGCUGGAGCAAGGGGACGAGCCCUGGAUAGAGGAGAGACAAUGUCCGCUGGGCCUCUGUCCAGCAGGAUCAAAGCUAGAAAUUCAGCCUUGUCCCUCCUGCCCUCUGGCAUUCUCUAGUCGGCAAGCCCUCAGCCAACAUGUGUGGCUCAGUCAUCUCCCUCAGCUGUUGUCAAGUUUAUGUGCAGGAAAUCCUCUCCAUCCAGGGACACACUAUCCAGAAGAUCAGAACCAGCAGCAGGAGCAACUCUCUGAUCCAACCUGCUCGAGCAACAAAGCAGAAAUCCAAGAGAGAGAAGACGACUCCAAGCCUUUGUUUGGGAGAGGAAGCACAAGCAGCAUUUUGAAGGCGUUCUCCAGCCCACGAGAAGAGCAGCCAGUAAGGUCCAAGGAAGACAGCAGAGAGGUGGAUAUAGGGCCCUGCCCAGCCCAGAGGACAGACUUUGAGGAAACAGACAGAGUAUUGCACGGUUUAGAAGUCUCAGGAUUUGGAACAAUCAAAUAUAGAGAGUUUGGGCUAGGCUUUAUCAAGGAGUCAAACCUGCUCAGCCUCCAGAAGACACACACAGGGGAGAUACCUCGAAUGUACAGUGAGUGGGGACAAAGCUUUAGCAAUAUGUCAGUCCUCACCAAAAACCAGAGUAUGCACUCUGGAGAAAAGCCUUAUGUGUGCGGGGAGUGUGGACGAGGCUUUACCUGGAAGUCAAACCUCGUCACACACCAGAGGACACACUCAGGGGAGAAACCUUAUGUGUGCAAGGAGUGUGGGCGAGGCUUUACCUGGAAAUCAAAUCUCUUCACACAUCAGAGGACACACUCAGGGGUCAGGCCUUAUGUGUGCAAGGAAUGUGGGCAGAGCUUUAGCCUGAAGUCAAACCUCAUUACACACCAGCGGGCACACUCUGGGGAGAAGCCUUAUGUGUGCAGGGAGUGUGGGCGAGGCUUUCGCCAGCAUUCACACCUCAUCAGACACAAGAGGACGCAUUCAGGAGAGAAGCCGUAUGUGUGCAGGGAGUGUGAGCAAGGCUUUAGCCAGAAGUCACACCUCAUUAGACACUUAAGGACACACACAGGAGAGAAGCCUUAUGUAUGCACACAAUGUGGGCGUCACUUCAGCUGGAAAUCAAACCUCAAGACACACCAGAGGACACACUCAGGGGUUAGACCUUACACGUGCCUGGAGUGCGGGCAGCGCUUUAGCCUGAAGUCAAACCUUAACAAGCACCAGAGGUCACACACAGGGGAGAAGCCAUUUGUGUGCAGGGAAUGCGGGCGAGGCUUUACCCGGAAAUCAACCCUCAUCACACACCAGAGGACACACUCAGGGGAGAAGCCGUUUGUCUGUGUGGAGUGUGGGCGGGGUUUUAAUGAUAAGUCAACCCUCAUCUCACACCAGAGGACACAUUCAGGGGAAAAGCCUUUCAUAUGCAGGGAGUGUGGUAGAAGGUUCGGCCAGAAGCCAAACCUCUUUAGGCACAAGAGGGCGCACGCAGGUAUCCCCUUUGUGUGCAGAGAGUGUGGGCAAGGCUUUUGUGAUAAGUUAACGCUCAUUACACACCAGAGGGCACACUCGGGGGGGAAGCCUCAUGUGUGCAGGGAGUGUGGGCAGGGCUUUAGCCGGCAGUCACACCUUGUUAGACACCAGAGGAUCCAUUCAGGAGAGAAGCCUUAUACUUGCAGGAAGUGUGGGCGAGGCUUCAGUCGGAAAUCAAACCUCAUCAGACAUCAGAGACACACAGGAUCGAAACCUCGUGUGUCCAAGGAGUGUAGUGAGACCUUUAGGCAAGAGUCACACUUCGUGAGACACCAGAGAUCACUCUCAGGGCCGUGGCUUUAGUAAUAAGUCCGCCAUUGCCAGGCACCAAAGUGGAGACGUCUUAUGUGUGAUGGGAGUGUUCACGAGGCUGUUAAUGGUAAGAGUCAACAUCUGCAAUCCGCCUGAAGGAGAAUUGCUGUUGCGUUUUCAGGAGCUCUCGGUUCCCUGGUGGGGCUGGUGGUUGUGGAAGGUCUCAGGUAACUUGAGGAAGGGACUACUUCCAAAGAGGUUGAAAUUAGGGAACAGACUGUUCCAGUGUCUUUCCCCAAGUACACUGGAAUAGUCCUUCCACAGUAACCCGGAUGUUACAGAAACAACAAUACUGGAGCUUGUCUCUAGUGUCCGGCUGACCUUCUGAGAACAGGAGGCUUGACAGAAACCAUGACUGAUUUAUUCUUGCUUCUCCAGAGCAUGGCCCAGCAUAGUCAGCUUCAGGGAGAGUUCUGGAAAUGGUGAAUUCGUGGGGACAGAGAGAGUAUGUGGGUAGAAGAAGAUUUUAUUGUACAAAGGCUGACAGGUAAGAAAGGCUGUAACUAUCCUAGCUCUAGGUUUUGGGAAGAGGUGUCCAUUUUUGGGAAUACCAUACCUUUGCUUGCUUCCUGGGGCUUUCUCUGGUUUCCAGGUUGAAUCCAUACUGAAGAUAAUUUUAUUGACCAAUAUAUUUAGACUAGAAAUGCAUUAUAUGCUUUUAUGAAGAAAACACACACACAAAUACAGAAAUAGAAAAUGAAAUUACUUUCUAUUUUUCUUUGAAUUACGAUACAAUAUCCCAGACGUAAUUCUUUAGUUUAAGUCUUUCUAACCAUUGCAAAAUAUACUAUUUUUCUGGUUGAGAUGGCUCUUCUUUUUUGAAAAUGGCAGUGUUUCACAAAUUAACUUAUAAUCCUGGGCCAAGUUCCAGUUUUUUUCAUUAAACUUGACUGAAUGAUUCUGAAAUUUAUUUGGAAAAUAAAAUUUCCAAGAAUGGGCAGAAAAAUAAAGGAACUGUGUACAAUAUCAUGUCUUUUUACCUGUGUACAGGUAUUUAGAAUAGACCUUUAGAACCAUAUAAAAAUAGAGAAAAAACCUCAUUUAUAUAUGAGUAUUCAGAAAGUGAUGAAGCAGGAUUUCAAGUUAGUGUGAAAAUGGCAAGGACAAGUUUCAGUGUUUGUCACUGGCUCUCAAUUUAGGGAAAAAAUAAACAUAGGUCCCACAGUCUCAGUAUCCAAAGGAGUUAGCGUUAGGGAAUCACUCUCUCAAAUAAAAUGAGGUAUAAUAAGAGUCUUAAUUUUUGUUCAAGAUCUAAGUUUGAGUGGAGUGAGCAGAACUUGGUGAAAAAUGAUGAAAUCUUACCCUGGACGGAACAGUUGGCCAGGUCUGCCCUUCUCUCCCUCCCCAUGGGAAUUCCUGACCUCAUGUUCUUACUCCCUCUCAAUAGGAAACUACCCUUUGGGUUUUAAUCUCUUUGAGUCUUAGAAUUUAACUAUUCUUUUCCAUAAAAUCAUGUCACAAAAGUAAGGAUUCCAAAAUUAAACAUAUAUCAUACACUGUUUUUUAACUUUCAGAAGGAAUACUUCAUUUUUCAAGAUAAUUGGCCCGUAAAACUAAAAGAUUUUGCCUUAAAUUGCUUAAAAUUCUCAACAAGAAAAAAAUAGAACACUGCUGGUAUGUGAAGACUCCAGUAGAUUCAAAGAGAUCCAAAUCCUGGGAGACAGUUUCUGUGGAGAAGCAGCCAAACAGAAAGCUGGAAAUGUUCUGAGGAAGGGAUAGAAAGAAGCCCCACACUUUGGCCCUGCCCAGGCCGCCUCUACUGAUUCUUCUUUUUUUGGUUUUUGCUGAGGAAGACUCGCCCUGAGCUAACAUCUAUUGCCAAUCAUUCUCUUUUUUUUGUUUGUUUGAGGAAGAUUAGCCCUGAGCUAACAUCUGUGCUAACCUUCCUGUAUGUGGGACACCGCCACAGCGUGGCUGCUGAGUGGAGUAGCUCCGUGCCUGGGAUCUGAACCCGCAAAGCCAGGCCACAAAGCAGAGCGUGAGGAACUUUAACCACUCAGCCACGUGGCUGGGCCCACACCUCUGCUGACUCUUAAACCCACAUCAGUCCCUCUGCUUAGAACCUCUCAGAAGAGACAGAAUUGGGACAGGUGACCUGAGCUGUUCACCUGGGCCUGGCAUGAAAAUCUGUGUGCAAAUGUGGAAGCUGAUUAGGAGGCAAGUACCAUGGAGUAUUCAAAUACGUGAAUCUUCUCAGUCUGUGUUUUAAUUGUUUUCCAGUCCCUGUCUGGAUUAGCCAUCCACUGGUGCCCAUAUUUCAUAUCCUGAGGUGACAGCUCUAGAUGUUUAAAAAAACAGAAAAAGUGCCCCAGAGCAGCUACUGCCCAGUCCUACCACUUCCAUGGUAAAUAGACUGUACCGUGUGGAGCACAUUUUGAAGAAAAGAUGAUAAACAAUAUGAAACAAUGAGUAUUGCUUCACACGCAUAAACCUGUUAUGAUCACCAUUGAAAUGUUCUAUUUUAAAAUGAGUGGCAGUAAGUUUUAAUAUAACUAUUUCAUUUAAUUCUAUUUUAAAUUAUUAUUAUGGAACAGUGGUUCUCUAAGUGUGGUCAGAGGGUGUCUGAGGGUCCUUUCAGGCAAUCUGCAUGGUUAAAACCAAUUUCAUAAUAACACUGAGGCAUUAUUUGCUUUUUUCCUAUUGUGCUGAUAUUUGCACAGACGGUGCAGAAUUAAUGGUAGAUAAAACUGCUGGCCCUUUAGCGUGAAUCAAAGUAGUGUCACCAAGCCGUACAACUAGUUAUUGUAUUCUUUACCACCGCAUACUUGUAAGAAGUGCCAGUUCCACUUGAGAAUGGUCUUCAGAAAACAGUAAAAAUUAAUUUAGUUAAAUCUUGACCCUUGAGUACAAAUUUUUUAAUUAUGCGUAUAAUUUUGAGAUAAUUGUGGUUUCAUUUGCAAUAGUAAGAAAUUAUAUAGAGAGAUCCCAUGUACUCUUUGCUCAGUUUACCCCAGUGGUAACAUCUUGGAAAACUAUAGUAUCACAACCAAGAUAUUAAAAUUGAUAUUUGCACAUCUUUUAAAUAUUUUAUGUGAUGAAAAAAGAAAUAUGCAUAGAACCCUUCUUCAUGCUGAAGUAUGAGGUUGUUUCAAAGAAAUGCUCUUCUCUGACACCAAUUUUAUUUGAAAUUAUAACUGACAAAUUCUUAUUUGAAAGAAUAACUGACAAAUUUCGAAUAAGAUGAUUCAGAUUUGGAUAUUUGGUAGACAUUUUGUCAAGAAUGAAGUGAUUUUUGAAAACACAGUAAUUUUUGUUAAUUUGACUCUCAAGGAAAAAAUUAGAGUAUUGAAAAACAAAUACCUGCCAUGCUGAACUUGACAACUUCCUAAUACUUAGUCCUUUAUGAUGAGAUUAAUAAAUGUGAUUUUAUAAUACCAUAUAAUGAAAUAUGUCAGUAUUUGGAAGAUCUGCCUAGUUCAUUGAACCAAUAUUUUCCAAAUGAUUAGUGCAUGAUGCUGCAAAAUCAUUCGUGAGUAUGUUAAAGUAUAAGAUAGACAAAUGGAUUUUAAUUUAAAGAGAUAAAGGCCAGAUUCUGCAUUACAAGAAACCUUUAAGAAAUUACCAUUUGUUGAUUUUUAGUGUAGUAUCAAAGAAUAAUAUGACAAGUAUCUGAAAAGUCCAUUAGAAUACUCCUCCAUUUUCUAACUCUAUAUCUGUGUGAGGCCAGAUUUUCUUUAUUUAUCUCAACAGAUUGAAUGCAGGAGCACAUAUAAAAUACCAGCUAUCUUCUAUUAAACCAGACGUUAAAGAGAUUUGAAAAAAUAGGAAAUAGUGCCACUCUUCUCACUGAUUUGUUUCUUUGGUAGAAGAUAUUCAAACCCAAGUGAAAGCGAAACGCCUUACUUUUCACCUUUAAGUGUGUUGUUUCUAGAUGUUUAUGGUCUGUAUUCCACAGUGAAAAACACUGCACACAUACACCACCAGGAAAAACUUGGUACAUGUCAUAAUACCUAACAUACAAUUAACAGCUAUGCUUUAUAUAAUUUAAACUAGGCAUAGAAGAAAAUUACCAAGUGAAACAAAUACGAAGAAAAUGCUUGUUAACACCCACUGACAGAUAUAAACUACAAUCCGAAGUAUACUGCUCUAUCUAGAAAAAACACAGAAAUCUUGGGGCAUGUUUACUUUUAGAACUAAAUUAUAUAAUUGCUUAAUCUCCUCCAUGCUUGUGGCUAUGUCUCUUUCUGAAUAUUCUUGCUAAAUAUUUUUUCUAUUUAUUAAUCAAACAAGCAGCUUUAUGGUUUUAGUCGUCUCUUCAGUGUGUCUUUUUAUUUCAUAUUUUGUUAAUUUAUGUUGAUAUUUACUAAUCUCAAGGUAAUUUCUUUUUUAUUGUAUUGCUGUGGCAAGCUUAUUUAAUCAUAAUUCAGUUCAUUUAUCUUCUUCCUUUUACUGUUCUCCUGAAAGUCAAUUCAUUUCUAAGUGGCCUUUAAUUUUCAUUUUUAUUUUCUCUUUUAGACAAGAAUUACUGUUUCAAAGACUGCUUAUCAAUGGCUAGAUGGAUAUAUUCAUUUUUGCAGUCUCUUAGUAUUUAUUUUUUUAUUUUUUAGCAUUGUAGUCAAUGUAUUUUGUGAUUUCUUCUAUUUUAAUUCACAAAGUUUGGUUUUGAAUCUAAUCAAGCUCUGUGAUUUGUAUGUGUAUGGAAAGGCAAGUGUUGAAUGUGUGAACGUGUGUAUACCUCUUUUAACAAUAUUAUACCAAAAUUAACACAAAAGGUGGGAAAUUUUGAUAUUUUUCUAUAUAGUUACCUUAUCAUUCUCCUGUUGUUUUGUAUUAAUGAUCUCUUUAUUUUUAUUUAUUAAUUUAUGUUUAACGUGUGUAAAAUUAGAUCUGUGAUAAAAAUGAAGAUAUAAAUAAUAUUAAUAAAACAAAGACCAUUGUAUUCACCCCAACAGAAGAAAUAAGCCUUAAUUAUUUUUAAAAACUUAGUGCUUCCAUUUCUGUAAGUGAUAUAGUAAAUAAAUUUAUG